GUUGUGUCAGUCAAUUUGACAGAAUCGCUUGUUGGGUUGAUGCAGCUGUGCUUACUGUUUAUUUUUUUUAGCUGAAUAUUGCAAUGCAAUUUUAAAUAAACAUUUUAAAUUAUCAAAUAAGGUGCUAUAAUAAUAUAGAAUUACGUGUAGUGACGAUACGUAAUGGAGAAAGACGUAAUUUUAACUCGAAAAUCUGCACAGCAAUUGUCAAAUCAACUAAGACAGGAUACUGCACAUAAUUCACAAUCAUACCAGCUAUGUUGCUGCUGCUUAGAGCUGGUGUGUCUCAAAAGCCUGUGGUUCCAAUAUAUGUGGAUGGGAAAGACGGAGGUGUAUGGAGAUAUGUUGAAAGAGUGCUUUAAUUUGACGUGGCCUGAACACGCAAAAGAGCAGAUAUGUGAAGUGUGUAUCACACAGCUGAGGAACGCUCUGCAAUUCAAACAGAAAGUGAUGCGGUGUCAGGCUGCCAUCAGCUCUCAACUUAUAGAUAUGACGCGAACUGUUAAGCACGAACAAUGUGAUGCGGGAAACAAUAAUCUUGAACUACCAACCAAAAUGGCGCCAGUGUCAACAUAUGUUGAUGACAAUCUGUGUGAUAACUAUGACUUGGAAACAGAAGAAAAUUAUGAUGAUUCAACAUCAAUCAAAAUGGAAGAUGUGAUUGAAGCUAAAUCUGUUGUACUAGAAGAUCACAUGAAAGAUUCUGUAGAUAAAACGAAAGGGAAGCCAAAGAUUACAGACAGCAAAAGAAAUAAAAUAAAACAAAUAUAUUCAUCGAAAAAGCGCGAGAACGUCGACGGAAGGAAAGCGAACUACGUGAAAGCGAGACAAAAUGUCUGCCUCAUUCUAGAACAUUCCACCAUUUUACCUUUCAAAUCAAAUAAAGGAUAUUUCAAUUGUCUCUACUGCAAUAAACAAUAUGUAGGUUUUCAAGAACUAAAAACACACGUCGAUAAACUACACGAGAAUAUCAGCUUCAAAUCGAUUUUAAAAAGUAUUUUAAGGCCUAAAGACCGAAUACGGGCUGACGUCAGUGACAUCAAGUGCAGGAUCUGUAAAAAAAAAGUUGAUAACCUCGAAAUUUUAAUAAAACAUUUGACAGAUGAUCAUAAUAUUUUGUUUAAUGACGUUAUUAAGCCAAAUGAUUGUAUUUUAGCGUACGAUUUGAGCGACGGUAAGUAUAAAUGUUAUGAGUGCAAAGCAGAAUUUCUAUUUUUCAAAACUUUAUCGAAACACAUGAAUGAACACAGCACAGAUUAUGUUUGUGACGUAUGCGGUAGAUGCUUUCUUCUACCCGAAAGAUUACGCGCUCACACACAACUACACAACAUAGAAAAACCGGUAAAAUGUGACAUUUGUAACAAAAUAUGCAGCUCCAACAUUUUACUCAAAAGUCAUAUUCGAUACACACACAAAAAACGAUCUUUUCUAUGUUCAAUAUGCGACAAAACCUUCCCAAGUUACAGAACAAGAAUGAAACACUUAGAAGAAGUACAUAAUCGCGCGCCAUUAAACCUAACCUGCAAAUUAUGCUCAAAGAAGUUCGGUACACCAAACAGUUUGAAUUCACAUAUAAGAUCUGAUCAUUUGAAAACUUUAAAGGAACCUAAAUUUGGAUGCAAUACUUGUGGGAUGAUGUUUAAAACUCGACAUGCACUGUCUUAUCAUUUAAUAGUUCAUUCUGGUGAGAAAAAUUACGAAUGUAAAGUUUGUCAUAAAAAGUAUGCCCGCGCUAAAACUUUGACGGAACAUAAUAAAAUUCAUUUGAAUGACAGGAGGUGGUCGUGUGGAGCUUGUUCUCAAGCGUUCGUACAGAAAUGUAGUUUGAAAAAUCAUAUACGCGUCCAUCAUGGCGACGAGGAGAGUGAGAAUUUAAUUGUAUAUAAAAAGCCUGAUGAUAAAUAAAUUUGUAUUUAUA